AGCAACAUGGCGGUCUUCAGCAAACCCUUGUCUAUAAAUUAUACUUGUUAUGAAUUAGGACACUGCUGGACACCUUAUUGUCGCAAAGCUUCAACAGACAUCGCAGGACAUGUUUUUAAAGAAGCUCUUAAAAUAUAUGGAACGUUGUACUUGGUGGCUGGUUUAUUCAAAAGGAGAGGAUUAGACUAUUAUAUUAAAAAAUUGAUUCCUGAAACUUUGAGAUCAUCCAUCUUCCUUACAAUCAAUGGAACCUUGUUCAUCACAAUGUUUUGUGUGUGGAGGCACCUGGUGGGUUUUUACCUGUUUUACAAUGUUUUCUUCUGUGGGGUACCUGCAUGCAUCCUCUCUAUUUCCAUAGAGCAAAAGUGCAGGACUAUGCUUGGCUGUAUGUUUCUCCUCACCACCUCCUUUAUACCAGCUUAUAUUGCGGCUUUUACUGCUGUCAUGGUUGAGAGAAAAUCAAGAAGGGGUCCUCUGGCCGUGUACUUGACUAACUUGGCUAUUGAGACGGGCUACCGUAUGCUGGUGGAGAGAAACUUGGUGCGGCCAGUAGCCAAUGGGGAGGUGUAUCUGUUCAGUGCUGUCUCAGCUGUUUAUCUGUACUUAUUUAGAACUCAGAACGGGCUGUCAUCAUCGACUGAAUCCCUGUUUCGCUUCUUCGUAGGUGGUGACGAGAACCCCAAAAGGUCACUGACCCCUAGGUCACUGACCGACUCCUUUGACCACACCAAGAACGCCACGGUGGCCAAACAACGUGACGUCACAGCAGCGCGAGCACCCCUCGAAUGGCAGCAAGGCUAAGCUCGUGGGUCGGACGAUACUCCGGCGGCUCCCUCUGGUGGAGGGUCUGGUGAGGGAAGUUCAAGGUCAGGUCACAGGAUGGGUCAAGUACCUGGAGGGUUUGGUCAGACACAGGUGUUGUCCACACGAACAUAGCUGUCUCUCUUACGUCAUCAAG